GCAUCACAGCACAAGCCGCUCAGUCCUCAUCGGCCGGCCGGUGGAUCGAGCUCGCGCAUUAGAUUGAUGGGCUUCUUGAAUGGCCUAAGGUCGCCGCUGCUGCUGCCGCCCAUACCCCUUUCAACUCAACGAUCUCAAUAGUUUCGGCAACAGACCCAUCACUACUGGCGUCCCUGUUGCUCCUGAAACAACCGGCGUAGGGCCCAGGCGAGUGCAGUUCCAGUACGUAGAAUAAUAAUACAAACGCGGGCCAGUUUGGCACUACUAGCCAUCGGGCUGUCCUGGGUCUGCUGGCGCCAUCGCUGCCGCCGCUUCUAACGUUGUCGAAUUCUUCUUUCGGCCCGAUGGAUCUGCGCCUUCCACUUUUCGCGCAUACUUCGCCAGGGCUGGUAGGGGCCGUGUCGACUGGCGUACACCAGGGCCGCUCACGGCGCGCAGUAAGAGCCACGAAACCAGGCGAACUACGAGCAGCUAGCUAUGUUGAACGAAAACGAAGAAACAACGAAGCGAAGUAUGUGGUUACGGCGAAAAGCAUCAUUCCUCGAGGAGCAACCGCUUCAACCAGCUCUGUACAUACACGUAUACGUUCGUACUAGAUGGUUACGACUUCUAAUGCCGUUGCGACUGCUUACGGCUGUUGGCGUCUCUGUUCGCUGUUCUCUGAGCAGCAAUUGCUCGACUUACGUUGCCCCGUUUGGGACCAACGAGAAGACGACGGAGAAGCAAAAAAGAAAGUGAAGCAGGCUUGUAUUCUUGGCCCUACUGGCGCUGGUCGCUUUGUUACUGCUAGUCCAGCUGCUGUUGCUACUGGUCGAUUACUGAAUUUGCUGCUACUGCUGCUGUACCGUGAGGUGCUGCUCGCGCGGACGAGCAGUCGAGUGAGCGAGGUAAAGCUCAAUUUGACCACUGACUCCUGAAUGGCUGGCCCUUCUCCUCGACAAAAUUGGAUUCCCCGACGCUGCUAAAAAAACGGCGGAUCAUAGAUACUCACUGGCAGCUAAGCAGAGCAGCAUACGGCAGGAUAUGUGGCCGACGUCUGCACGCAGCACAACCAGCCAGAAAGUUCCGCUUGUCCGAUCUUCGCUCGGUGACAGCGACUGGUGCUGCCCCAUCACGUCCACCAUCAACGACAAGACUACAAUACGCCAUGCAGCCAUCACAGUCGCCACUAGACGUUUUCACUAUCGGCGAGAGAGAGUCAAUAGUAGCAGCGGUAUCAAGCGGAGACUGUCUGUGGCUUAACGGCUAGCUUCGUGAUGAGACUUGAUAAGAAUGGGUUAACUAGGCUUCUUGGCAUUCCGAUAAAACGCAUCGAAUUAAUAUUUAGCAUAUAUUUAACGAUGAAAAGGUACCGAUGCUGCUGUGGUUGCUGAAACGAGAUCUGUUUGGCCCUUGCUAAAAAAAGCCGUAUUUGCUGUUGACGAUUAUAUAUACUGGGAGCCGUCACCGCUCGCAAUUAUUUGCCCCGACAGGACAGAGAGAAGGAGCUAAUGUAAAAUACUGAAGGUGAUGUCGGCAUCCAGCGUAUCCCCCUGAGUAUCGACGACAUAAUGUGGACAGCACUAGACGACAUGGUGUCGGUGACUAACGCCUUGGCAUAGUCACCACGAGGACUAGCGCCGCAUGUUGCUAUGUCUCACAGACCGUUUGGACGAUACGCAGACAGUCGCUUAUUGCCUAUAUCCUUGUAUAUUGGAUGUGUGAUAGUAUAUUGGCGGGCGGAGCUCUGCUAGUGGCUGCAUCCGCUUAGGCAAAGCGGCAGUGCGACGUCUUCGGCGCCACUUCGGCCGACCAUGAAGCGCGACAAAAACGAAGUCGCGGGAAGUAAUCCCUCGUUGCUUGGCAUGGUAGUAUGACCACGCCGCGUGGCCAGGCUGGAGGGGAGCAGAUUCGUCGGCAGAACGGUGUCCGGUCGAUGUCAAGUAUUGGGUAUUUCGACUGCGUCCGCUGCGGCCAGUCAAACCUUCGUCGUCGUCCGAUCGAGAUAACAGCGUCGCAACAGUGGUGUUACGGCGGCCAAUGCUUGGUCAGCCGGUGAGUCUGGUCGCACAUCCGCGCGCGAACCAGCGCCGCACAUGGCAUAAACGAUACAACAAGGCACUAUCUCAAAACGGAUCUCGCGCGGGAAGGUAUCAUCACGCAUCAACGUAGAGCCAGCUAGCAACAGUGGCAUAUGCUACACCGCACUAGCGGCAAGUGGAACUAACCGCGUUACUAGUCGUUUCAGCCGAAUCAGUGAUAUGAAUCGAACAGAAGAAGGGUUUGAGCCGCGUAGAGCUAGUGCUGACAGCGACGCCAGGGCCACAGGCGUCACCAGAAAGAGGGGCUCGCUGCGUUGCGUAUGUGGCGAACUACUAGUGUCCAUAUACGAUUCGAUAUGUGCCAACUCUUCGGGCAGCAACAAACAGUGCCGCGGCAGAUGCGUCAAUUACGGUCGGAAGGGAACAAUAGUUUUGCUCGACAAGCUCAACAGCAGCGGCGGCAGCAACAGCGCCACCAGCAACAACAAUGGCGGCUCCGACGACAGCGACACUUGUUGUCGUGGGCAUUAGUUUUUCCUGUUUCCUUCACAGAACCGUUAGAUGCAUUCGUAUUGUGAGCUAAUAUAGUCGUAUUAUCUCAUAAAAUGUAUAGGUAUGCAAGGGGGAACCUAAGGCGGAAUUUAGUUUGCUAAUUGCCCCUAUAUCGAUGUGGUUGACACAUUUCAUAUGUGUAGUGCAUUUGUUUACCUCAAGGGCUAUAUUGAAAAUGAAUUUGAUAUUACUAUUACGAUAAUUUGAGAAAAAUAUGAGUCAUAAUUUGAUAUUUUAUUAUAAUUGAGCUAAUAAUUAUCAUUACUACGAUAUGCACUUUUGCUUAAAUAUUAGCUACGUACAUAUACAAAGAGUUUGGUAUUGUCAUGUACGUGAACGGGCGAACUAAAGCUAUAUUCGCAUAAUCUGAUACUAUCUAAGCUUCAUUAAGCGUCAGUGGUCAUAGCCUCAGAGAUGGCGUAACCAGCUGAGCCCAAGUUGGGCCCUUUAUUGCACGGUUAGUAAGAAUGUAUGUUGACAAGUGUAAGAGACAGUAACAUCGAUGUAGUUGUUGAUUGAGUAAUGGAGAAGCACACGAAGAUACGUAAUACCAUAUGCGUGACGUUCAUUGAACACUGGCUAAUGCGUCGUAUCGUUUCUAAUUUCGUACCCCGUUUCGACCACAAAUAAUCUCAUUUCUCUACUCUGAAGUCUCUUUUAUUUGAAAAUAUUUUUUUCAGCUCGAAGCGAUUACUUCAACGAGAGAUUCAGCGAUUUUUACAUUUUUGUCGGCAAUCGUUGUAUCAUAGUAAUAUAGACUCAAGACCCGUGUGGGUAAAUCAUUUCACUCUAACUUGCUAUGAGAUCUUGCCAAUGCAGUGACACGGCCAUUAUGACAACUAAAUGAUUUCGUAAAUACAAAUCUGGUUUACUUAUUUUAAUUUUCGAUUUAAAAUGUCCAGCGUUCAGCUGUAGAAGGCGUCAGUGAAUCUGAGCCUAUUACAUAUCGUUAUUUUCCAUUUCUUUUCUUGCGCCAUUAGAAAAUGUUUCUUCUUCUUUUUUUGUCUGAUUUCCUCUUUGUCGGUUUGCCUGUCUUGUCUCACUGCAGCUGGCGCCCUAUAACCUGCGGCUUUGGCCCCCUGGGGGCCAAUACGGCAGUGGCUAGAGCUGCGACAGUCAUUGGCUCUUCAAAGUGACACUGUCUGUCUGUCUGUCUGUCUGUCUGUCCGUCUGUCUGUCCGUCUGUUCUAUCCUGCUUGCCCGACCCUGCAGUAGUCGAAAUAAGCUACUGCCUACAGUCCGCUGCAAUCCGAAGAUGGCGUCAUCCGUGGCGCGGUCCGGGCGCUGCUCAUGAUGUUGGCGGCCGUCGAGACGGCGCCGUUGCACCGCCGCUAAAGCUGCCAAACCGAUGUUGACUUAACAUUCAAAUGAAUCUAUUACAUUAUAUAACAAAGGCAAACACCGCAGCCAUGGCCAGCUUCAGGGGCAGCGCCGGCGAAAUACUCUGUGUUUCAGUAUUCUGGAGCCGUUUCAGUGAAAUGGCCACGCUAUGGAGCGGUGCCCUGCGUUGUACCACUUUAUUUUUGUAACUGUUGACGCGCUAUUACGAUUAAUUAACACGGAUAUUUGGCCACUACAGAUGGACCAAUCUGCUCACCCGCUUCGAUAGAGUAAACAUUGGCCGAUCCGUUGCUGUUGCUGAUGUGGUGGUUACAUCAGCUUCGACGAUCGGUAUCAGCUUCAGUGGAUGACGGGAUGGCGGCGCAAACAGCAGUAACAUUGACGAAUCAACUUACAAAAAAGGGAAGCAACAGAAACGAGGAAUGUUCGAUAGUAGCUAACCAAUGAAGACGACAUUAGAAAAAUCUAAUGAGAUUUGAACGCGUAUAGAAUAUGAGGCAUAUAGGACAUAAGGGUGAUGCAAAAGCGUAGCAUUCGUGUGCGCCUUGGAGACAGGUACUGAAAACACGAGUAACACCUGAAAGCUACAAUAGACAUUCGUUUCCUGCUAUAACAGAGGGCGGACCUUAUUAUUGUUAUUGAAGCCUGGUUACAUAGCUAUUAAUACAAAGGUUUAGAGGCUCUCUUCCACAAGAGUUCGCAACUAUCUGUGUCUAACAAGUGGAAUCAGUACCUUUUGCUCAAAGCCGCAUGUUGUUACACGCCAGCAUAUCAACAUCACGCUGCAGGUGUCAGUGCCUUCAAGCUUCAAUCGCCACCUGGGUUUCCUUCAAAUUCCCUAGCAUUCAACUAUACCCCCACCCUUCAGGAUUUGCAUUGUCCGGUCCUGAUGGCCGAUACCAGGUUUAUGUUGGUGAUGAAAAAUCACCGACGACAUUGCUCAUAGCGACAAUUUCAGUCACCCCGCCACAGUAAGAGCAGCAGAAUUUGCAAUAGUAGAUUAUUGACUAGGUUAUAACUACCGGCGGAUUUAUUAUUGCUUGAUGAAGGCGAGGUAAACAUCAAAUGCGGAUUCGCGGUCUGUGCAUCGUUGCAAUACCUACAUCUGCGUUAACUAACAUUGAGCUGUCAUAGACUAUGGUUGCGUAAAUAGCCAGUGUGACGGUCAGUUUCCUAUAGGCUAAGCGGUGUACAACCUUAUAGCCGUUAAAUAUAGGCACCUCUUCCUCUAAAAAGAAAUGUAUUGUUUUUUUUAUUCGGUAUAUCUGGUACCUAGAAACAUGGCUGCCGGUAAUAGAAACACCUUUAUUCUUAGAAAAAGGUAUGCAAACAAGAAAUAUAUACAUAUAUUAGAGAGAAAGGCAGGUUAGUUCGUCUAAUAUGAUAUGCAUAAAAAUAAUAAAGAUGACAUAAUGAUAACCCAGCAUGUAGCUAUUUCAAUCUAAUGCUUAUGCUACUUCACAGAGUUGACGCCUCCAAUGUCUUCAUCCAAUCAGAGUCCUUCACCGCUGCCCCAUGCGGAUGUUCGAUAUUGGGCAAAUGAUCGGUACCCGUACUCGGGGCCGCGCGAAAUUGUCGGCGACAAAGAGUGGCAGAAGAAUCCAGCGCUUUGGAAUCCCGCUACACACUACCGCGACUUUCGAAGCGUAUCAAGUCCAGCAGCAGCAUACGGCAGUACAUUCGAAAGUGUAGACAGCAGCAACAGCAGCACGGACGGACAUCGCGGGGCAGGAGGCGACGGGGGCGGCGGUAUCGACUACAGUCGGAACACGUCCAGCGAUACGUUGUACAAUAACAGCGCUGGCAGCGGAAGUAGUUCCCUGAGCCACCGGAGUACAGCAGCGACGAAUCUUACGACGAACGCCGGUAGCAACAAUAACAGUCGGUUACUAGCAAAAGCAAUUGAUAGCAAUAGCAAUAGCAACAGCAACAGUAGCGGGCCAGUCGGAAGAACUUCAUCCGAGGACGCAGCAAGUGGUCAUCUCGAAACGCUUAAAGGUCCUGUCGACGCCGGCGGCGGAGGCCGAAUUGAUAUGUCACCGUCAUCUAAUCAUCUUGACACGUCGAGAACGCACAUUUUAAGCGAGGAUCGUAGCACUGCACGAGCGCUUGGUCGGCACAGUGAAUUGUCAGCAGGAUAUCGGCCAGGUAGUGGUUUGGUUGGUUCAGGAAGUCCCGGAGUAAGUAUCGGGAGCCCAUACGGAUCCGUGGCGACGGGUGGAACCGCAGGUGGCGGAGGUGGCAGCCAUUUGCGAAAACCCCCAUAUUCAUACAGUACCCUCAUAUCCUUUGCCAUUAAUAGCAGCCCCACGAAGAAGAUGACCCUUGCUGAUAUCUACAAUUGGAUCUGUCUCAACUUCCCUUUCUACAAGGAAGCAGGCUCCGGAUGGAAGAAUUCGAUCCGCCACAAUUUGUCGCUCAACAAGUGCUUCAGAAAGGUGGCACGUUCAAAAGAUGACCCGGGAAAGGGUUCUUACUGGGAAUUGGACAUGCGCGCCGCUCAGAGUGCGUCCGACGCCAAUGGGACGCCUACAACUGCACGGAAGAAGAAGUCUUUUGCUAACCGUAGCAAUCCCUAUAUAGGAGUUGGUCAGAUGACGCAAGCUAUGUCGCCGAUGUCGCAGGCGAGCGCAAUGUCAGUGCCGGUAUCUGGCCAAACGAGUUUGGAUUCGUCAUCAGGACCUCCACUUCACCUUGGUCCGCCCAGUGCGAAUUACCAAUGCGAGUCUCCGCAUGAGCCUGCUGCUCCACAUAGCACACCGGUUGACUCUAUGAUGGUUUCGCAGCGCUCUCCGUAUGGUGCCCCCACACCACCCGGAUACGGGCAUCCGGGUGGGCCAACGCCCCCAUUAGGGGCACAUUCUGGAGGGGCGUAUACUCCUCCACUCUCUUCGCCACAAGGACAUCCCCACCCUUCGUAUACCCCACCCAGCGGUAUACCUCUUAGCGCAGUACACAUGCCUCCUCAGCCAUACAGUUCAGCUGCUUAUCGUUUAGCUGUUGAAGCCGCAGGUCCUCGUUACUUCGACUUUCCCUAUGAUCAUCGGACUUCUGAAGAUAUGUCCAGACGAUGUGAGGAGGUAUCUCCUGACGAAAUCACCAGGGUGGACCAUCCAGCUGACCUCCAUCGGGCUUUUCGUUGAG